AUGGCAACUUCAAAUGUUGGUGGAGACAAAUACAGAUCGUUCUUAACUCCAGAGGAGCUGAAGACCACGCAAUGGCGAGCCGGCCCGCCUAAUUACGACGCGGUUAAUAAGCUCUUUGAAGAUGGUAGAACCAAGGUGUGGGAAGCUGGAUCAUUAGAAGAAUAUGUGCAGAAUCUAAUCAAGACAUGGGAAAUGGAGAUAGUCCAUAAGGCCAACCCACAAGAUUGCAAAACAUUUGAUCCGAAAAACUUCGUAAUCGGCAUCAAUGGUAAAAGGUACUACACAUUGGAAGAAGUUGGGAAGAUCGGUGGAAGUUACCAAAUCUUUCUCCAAACUUCGUUGCCACCGGUGUUGAGACUGUACAACCCGGACAACGAGACGUACGACUCGUCUCAGACGGCAUUUAAGCAAGUUUUUCCACGUGGAUUUGCUGUCGAGAUUCUUGAGGUCUACUCGGGCCCACCGGUGAUCGCGUACAAGUUCAGGCACUGGGGAUAUUUCGAAGGGUCCUUCAAGGGCCAUGCUCCGACCGGGGAAUUGGUUGAGUUGUUCGGCACGUCGAUUGUUGAGAUGAAUGAAGAGAAGAAGAUAGUGAAGGUUGAGUUUUUUUAUGACCGUGGGGAAUUGUUGGCUGGUCUAAUUAAGGGAAAAAGAACUUCAGAGGACCAUGCAGGGGAUGAUGAGGCUAACCCAUCAGGCUGCCCUUUCAUGGCUUAG